AUGGCUGAGGCAGAAAUUAAUGAUGAUCACCGUCACAUAGCACGCAUUGCAAUCAGACCCCCACCCUUCUGGAAGGGCAAACCUAACUUAUGGUUUGCUCAGUUGGAAGCACAAUUUUCUAUAAAUAACAUAACUGUCAACGACACCAAAUUUAAACACAUCGUUGCUGCAAUAGAGCCAGAAAUUUUAAAUUCAGUGCAGGACCUAAUCCUCAACCCACCCGACCAGAAUAAAUUUUCCACUCUAAAGGCUCAUCUCAUUGACGUCUGUUCGGAGAGUGAGACCUCCAAAAUCAGAAUGCUUCUUCAAGGGUUGGAGCUGGGAGAGCAACGUUUAUCCUUCCUAUUAUCAAGGAUGUGCGACUUGGCCGGAAACCAUUUCAGCGAAGACCUGCUACAAUCUCUCUGGCUGUCGAGAUUACCUCACAAUGUACAGGCCAUUUUAGCCACAUCUAAGGAAAAACUCCAACAACAGGCCGCCAUGAUGACAAGAUAA